ACCUGCACACACAUAUAUACACGUGUAUAUACAUGUAGAGAGAGAAAGAAGGAGCGGGGAGUGAGAGAAUGACGACCACCGCUGCCUCCUUUCUCUCAAUCGCAACACCUCACCAAUCUCCACAGUUGAGCAGCAUUAGCAGAUUGUCCAUUGCUCAAAUUGGCCUCACCAAAUCGCCAUUGAAGCCCAUCACUACUACUCUCAUCCUCCGUUCUUCUUCCCCAUCUUCAUCUUCAGCUAAUUCUGUAGUAGCAGAAGAAGAAGAAAAGGAAAGUCCUUCCCUUCCAUCCGAUGCCCUCCCUCUCCAAGACACUGAUUCACUUCCUCUCAGUGGUUGUAAGGCAUGUGGGAGAGAGGAAAUAGAGAAUGGCUGCAAUGGGGAGGGAAGGAUUCAAGGUGGAAUUGCGACGGUGCCGGGCUUUGGUUGGUGGCCAAUUAAGGCUUACAGGCCUUGUCCUGGAUUUGUGGCAUCCGGUGGUAGGUAUAGGCGACGCGGCCAGAGCAUGGAUGAGGUUGUCAGUGGGAGCGGAGGGAAGGCAAAAGCUUCCAUAGGGACUAAUGAUGAGGUUCAAUCAAGCAUUACUAGGAAAUACAACAUCACUUUCUAGCUUUCUUGAAUGGAACAAGAAGCAAGGACUGAAGAAAUUCAAAAGGUAAUUUUGUGCAGAUAUAUACCAUGUAGUGCCAAAUGCUUUGUUGGGGGUGAAAAUGUGUCGGAUUUUAUGUCACUGGCUUGAUCCAGAUGCCAGAUUUAAUGGGAACUACGGAAGAAAUAUAAUUUCGGUGCUGGACUAUUCAGUGCUGUACUGCUUCCUAAAAUGGGAAGAAAAUGUGAAGGGGUUUAGGUUGAUCUGUGCUACAUUUCAUGUUCUGAUAAUUGUAAUCAAUAUCUGUACUAUUCAUUGUUCUAUCUUCUUCUGUGGCUUAGAGGCCCAAUGUUGAAUCACAAUGUGAAGAUUUCAUUUCCUUGUUA